AUGAACCUACUCGAUGAACUGGGAGGCUAUGAUCUAAACCUGCUGGACUUUUCCUGGUCAUUCCCGUGGGACGUGCACACCCCUCGUCCCCAAGACGGCAUCAUAAACUGGCCGACCGGGGAUCAUCUUCUCCAGGCUAAGCCUGGUGAAGUCUCAACAUUUUUAGAUGGGCCGACAGAAAAGGUAACAGACCGCCGGCGAGGAAAACACGUCCUAAGAACUGAUGGCACCAUCAAUCCCUAUGCCAAUUGCCCUUUUGAGUAUCGAUUUAAACGAGGACCGACGGUAAAUGCUCAUCGAAUCUACACAUUUCUCCACGACCAGGAGAGCUGGGAACAAGUCAAAUCUUCCAUUGUGGGCUUCAGAACAAAUCGACCAAUGCCUAGGAUUGUCGCUUCAUUGAGAGACACUAUUGUUGCUCGAGUCCACGGGAUGCUUUACAAAUUACUUGAUCGCAUUGGCUUCUUGCAUCGUUUCCCUCCUUUGGACACAAUUGAACAUUGCUAUUACGCCUACCAACAAACAUUCUCGAAAUUGUAUCCAAUUGUUCACCCGACCAGUCUCCUUGAAUCCUUCGGCAAAAAUCAAGACCCCGAUAGCGAUAUUGGGCUUUUCCUCGCCACCACCAUGGCACUUGGCUGUCUUGUUAUUCCAGUCGAAAAGGCUCGUGCAUUUUCUGUUGAGCUAGUUUACCUAAUUCGCUUCACCAUCACCGAUAACGCCUUUCAAGACGAAAUUUGCCUCCUCGACAAUUGGGUAUUGAGUGCAUGGAUCAUGAUGCUCGCGUUCAGUGCUUGGUCAGGCAGUAAAAGACAUAUGGAAAUUGCGGAAGCCUUCAAAGGUAUCCCAACCACUUACUUCCUUCGCCGCGGAUACUACAAAGCACGGCCUAAUUCCAAUCCCGGAAGCCAAUCCAAAGCUAGCGCCUCCUGGUCCAAGUGGAUCAACAAAGAAAGAGAGCUCAGGCUUUGUCAGAUAUUGUUCCUCAUCGACCAUGAAAUCAGCCUCCUUCACAACGUUCAGCCCGCAAUCCCUUUUACCAGGUUGCAAUGCCCGAUGCCAGUGUCUGACGAGCUUUUCUUUCUGGAUAAUGAAGAUCAGUGGCGAGAGACGCUUACUGAGUGGGCUGGAGAUACAAACUCAUCCACUAAACUCCAUCCCCCAUCUCUCGCAUCAUUUUAUGGCUUGUUCCUGUCCUACAACUUUUUCGAUCUCAAGUUGAGCGUAACCCCACUGCAGUUAAGGCUUUUACUCUGCCCCAUCCAAACUCAGGUCAUCCAGUACUCACAACGCUAUCGAUUUGUACCCAUGGAGGAAGGAUUUGAACCCUCGACACCUGUCUCAGAAACUGCCGAGUUCGUGCGACUUUAUCAACAAGAAGAGUUGGAAAAGAGUCUUGUGAAAUGGAAUUUGCUAUCAGAACAAGUUUUUGACGGCUUACCACCUUGGCAAUCCCAAACAACCCCCCUACUACUUUGUCAACUGGUCUGGGUGGAGCUGUAUAUCUGUUUCGAUGAUGUCCAGUUGAUCGCCGGCAAGGAUGGGUUUGAAAUUGGAAAAACAUAUCUUCCCCAAUUACGAAGAUGGGCUCAGUCCACAUCCGCUUGGAAAGCUAUCGCGCGUGCGGGGAAUGUUAUACGAAUUCUUCAAUCCAGGCAAGAUCGCCCAGUCUGGUGGCCCAUAGCUGUGUCCCGCAUAGCCUUGGUGAUGUGGUGUUACACCGUCGGACUAAAUAGUCCUGUCGGCAAUAUGGCAGGUGUCAACUCCACUACUUCCAGUGCAGGACCCUUGAUCGUGUUAAAUGAUCCGGCUAGGGACGGGACGUCCCGUGGAAGGAACAUCCAUCCUCGUGAGAGCAUCAUGUGUAUCCAGGGCUCUGAUGGAAAGCAUAUUCCGCUGUACGACGUGCCGAGGAUUUUCGACUUCUACAUACAGAUGCUUGAUGAUUCAAAAUCCCUAAAUUCACCGCUUCUCAACAGUUCCCGCAAUUUUUUACAGGAUAUCAAAGAUUGCGGGAUACCGUAUGCAAAGGCCGAGGAUGAAUCAACCUGUUGA